AUGAGGAAGAUUGCAGUGGCUCUUGUGAGUGGAGGGAAAGACAGCGUCUAUGCUAUUGAAUGCGCCCGGCGAGUCGGGUUCAGCAUCCGUGCUGUGGCUACACUACUGCCGCGGGAUAAUGCAGUGGAAACCGACAGCUACAUGUAUCAGUCUGUGGGAACAAGUUUGGGUGCGGCGAUUGCCGAGUGCUUGGGUGUUCCGCACUACAGUGCCCACGUUAAAGGGCGACCUGUAAACACAGAAACACUGGAAUGCACCUUCCAGGACGACGACGAGCUUUAUGACCUUCAGACUUUGUUGGAGCGCGUGAAGAAGGCCAACCCUGAUGUUGACGCUGUGACAUGCGGCGCCAUAUUGUCGGAGUAUCAGCGCCGGCGCCUGGAAUCCAUCUGUGGAUAUGUCCGCCUACUGCCCGUCUGCUUGAUGUGGAACCGAGAACAGAAGGGCCUGCUAAAAAGUAUGAUAGACUGGGGCCUGCAUGCUGUAGUCGUCAAAACUGCAUCAAUGGGCCUUUCAAAGAAGCAUCUGGGCCAUUCAGUUUCUGACUUGUUCCCUCAUUUCCUCGAGCUGAAUCGGCAGUACGAUUUCCACGUUUGUGGAGAAGGAGGGGAGUACGAAACAGUGACGUUGGACUGCCCCCUGUUCACAAGGGGUUCGAUUAUUGUUCCUGAUUGGGAGCAGAUAUGCCACAGCGACGACGCUAUGGCACCCGUGUGGCUGCAGUCUCCACUACAGUGGAAGAUAGCGCCUAAGGACCCCGCGAACUCGUGGCCUCGAGUACAAUCCGAUGCAAACGUGCGCGAUCUUGAGUUGCUUCGAAUACAACCCUACCAGGACCUGAUUGAUACUGCUGUCAACGAUUGGGGUGUAGAUGUACAUGACGGAGAAUCUGCUGCUGCCCCUUCCUUUGAUGGAGAGGGCCCCACUCCUGGGAUUGAUCCGACGAGCGCAUGUGCUUGGGAUGAAUGCGGCAACAGGACUUGUCAUGCUCGAACAUUCUCUUCAGGAAGCAUCCUUACUGGAGAUAUAUGCGUUACUUGCAGUAAGGAAGGGGGGGGCACAGAAGGCGACGUAUCACCUCCCCCCAGCAUAUCCUGGAUACAAAUCGUUAGAGAGUCUAUGAGGACGUGGCUAGACGAGCAACUGAGUAAGACAGUGAAUGGCGGGAUGCGUGCCCGUAUUGUUGAGGCAGUAUGCCAGGUCUGCUGCCCAGACUUCAUCGGCAUCCCUCACGACGUUUUCGAGGCAUCAGGCAGUGGGCCCGUUGCCCUCACUGUCUUCGUUACCCCGUUGCCGCGGUGGGUUCAGCUGCGGCUCAGGAUCGUACUAGGCCGCCCGGAAGGCUUCGCCAUUCCUCCUGUCUUUUCCUUAAAGUCACCCACAGACGAUUCUCUGCUGCACGUGCACAGUGUGAACUUGUGGGUCCCUUCAUGCUUUGCGCUGGGCACUUAUGGCAUGGAUCGGCUAGCCUCGUGCUGCUCGUGUCAAGGUGUACGUUGUGAGUUGGUGUCUGAGAGUUCCCUCAGCGCGGCCUAUUUGUUUCUUCGCGGCUGCGAUGGCCGAUUACCUUUCACCUGCGAUUUCCCUGAUGAAAAAUGCGGUACACAUCCGUUUUUCCGGAGGCGUGGACUUCAAGAAUAUCGAGCGCUCGUGCCAGCGCUGUACACCGCCCUGCAGACUGCCAACGCAUUCGUCAGCAUGCAGUACACGCGUCACCUGUGCUACACUGGCGGAGCAAAUAGGGGCUUUCCCCAUAACGACGGUGAACAUUUUGCGGAUGGAACCGAACUGGGUGGACUCGAUUCAACAGAGCCGCAAGACAUAAACUCAGCAACAUUACGUGUUCCGCAGUUGAAAACUCCGCCAUUUGUGGCUUCUUGCUUUGUUGUCUUCGUCACUCUCACAGAAGGAAAGGCGGAGACCAAGCCGAAGUCCGACAAGAAUCUCGGGGUUGUAGAGCGGCUUGUGCGUUCUCUCAUUGCUCGUUCCAGCUCCCGCAGUGAUCAUUCGUUUUCGGGCGAUGAUACAGGCAAUCAAAGCGUCGUCAUCGUGGCGGAGGCGCCCAAUCUUCCUGGAAAAGCAAGGGUAUUGAUUCUUCCCAUGUGGGACAUAUCACCCAGGCUUGGCGAUAGGGCCUGUUCGCAAGUGUGCCGCGCUAGUCACCAGCGACAGGAUGGAGAAAAGUAUACAGCGACCGUCACAGUCGUAGAGCGUUUCCUAGAGGUCCGGAAAGAUACAGAAUCCACUGGUCGGGGUAGUGGCACAGGCAUUCGCUCGGUGGUGGCGUGCCUUUCAUUCCAACGAAGACACGGCUACGCUGGUUGCCAGAGUUUGGAAGAGCUAGUGGAGGAGCUGUGCAGCACACUGACACAUUGGCUGAAAGCACAUUCUGUACAAGAGGGCGUCGCUUCUUUGUAUCUUGGAAAUACUGAAGAAGCUGUAACUACGCGGGGACGCGAACGGGUAAUUGAAGUAUGUGUAUUUUAUUGCCCUUCUUAUCUGUGCUCGCUCCAGAUGGAUUCGGAAUCGUUCGAGGCAAAAUGCCUGCAGCGCAUCGGAGCCGGCUGCUGUGCGAGUGCGGCCGCAUCCUGUGAAUUCUCGCCUAUCAUUACAUUUUUCCCCGUUUUGAACCUUUCGGGGGGGCUUUUCCAGAUCGUUGCUCAUACGUUAUCUGCAUACGCCUAA